UUUCAUUUUCCAUUUUGCAUCAUCAUUCCAACCAAAACACCUUUCUCUUCUUCAUCUUCCCCCUUUUCCUUCUAACCUUUGUUCUUUUUAAUUUUCACUUUUUCUCAAACCCCAAAUCCAAAUCCAAAACCCUUAAUUUCUCAAUGAUAAAACAGUGUCACCACUCAUCAAAUUCUCAAACUUCAAUUCAUGGAGCAUAACUUAUAACUAUAUAUAUUAUAGGUCAUCUCUCUCUCUCUAAUCUCUAAUCUACAAAGAAACCCUAAAACCUAUAGCAUAAAAAGCUAACCUUGUCCCCUUUUUUAUAUCAUAUUUUUCUCCUUAAAUUAUUAUUAAUAUCACAAAAAUCUUUUGAUUCAACCAUAGAUGUUAGAGCCAUGGACAUAACUCCAACCCCAACACCAACAUCAUCAACAACACCAACACCACUACCAACCAUUUUAACAACAUCCACAACAACCUUAACAAAAUCACCAGAACAUGAAACUGAAACACCCACCAAAAUCACCACUCCCACUACCACAACAACAAAACUAUCUUCUUUCUCCAACGGUGUCCUCAAACGCCUCCACAACCACCACCACCACAACCACCUUAACAACCACCAUCUCAACCACCACCACCACCUCAACAACAACAACAACCUUGUAACAAUCACUUACAAAGAAUGUCUCAAGAACCACGCAGCAAACCUAGGUGGUCACGCCCUCGACGGCUGCGGCGAAUUCAUGACAUCCCCCACCGCAACAUCCGCCGACCCAACAUCCUUAAAAUGCGCUGCCUGUGGCUGUCACCGUAACUUCCACCGCCGUGAACCCGAAGAGCCACCACUCUCCACCACAACCCAUGUCAUCGAAUAUCAACCUCACCACCGUCAUCAACCUCUCCCACCUCCGCCGUUCUCCACCCGCAGCCCAAACUCCUCCUCCCCACCUCCGAUCUCCUCCACCUACUACCCCUCCGCCCCUCACAUGCUCCUCGCCCUCUCCACCGCCCUACCGGAAAACGUCUCCGCUCCUAACUCCGCCAUGAUCUCUCCCGGCUCCCACACCAGAAAACGCUUCCGGACAAAAUUCACUCAAGAUCAGAAAGAAAAGAUGCUGAAAUUCGCCGAGAAAGUUGGGUGGAAGAUGCAGAAAAAAGAUGAAGAUUACGUCCAUGAAUUCUGCAACGAAAUCUGCGUCGAUCGAAGUGUUCUCAAAGUCUGGAUGCAUAACAACAAGAACACUUUCGCCAAACGCGACAACAACAACCUCAACGACAACAACCUUAACAACCUCAACAACCUUAACAAUAUCAACAACGAGAAUAUUAAUGUUGGUGUCAAGAGUUUCAUGCCACUUGAGAAUGAAGAACAAAACAUCAAUAACAACAACAAAGGUGAAACCAAACUUGAGAUCCAUACUCAUAAUCAUAAUCAUAAUCUUCACUACCAGAAUGAUGUUGGAGUAACUGUUAUGCAUGCUAAUGGUUCAUCUUCUUCUUGAUCUUUAAUGGAACUUUAAUUAUCUUCAAUGGAAGAAAAUUAAAUAAUUUGUUAGAUAGUAGAUUUUUAAGUGCUAUGUAUUAUUAUUACUUGGUUAAUUUUUAAUUAAUUAGCUUUUUUAUUUUAAUUUUUAAUUUUAGUUUUAUGUAAUGAGAUUAUGGAUGAUGAAUUAAUGAGGAAUGAUGAUGAUUACCAGUACCACCUUUGUUGAAUUUAAGAG